CGCUGGCGCAGGGACCGACGGGACUGGGCCACGGCCCAACUGCCUCCGGGGAAGACGAGGCCCGGAAGCCCCGAGGCCGGUAGGGGCCAGAAGAGGGCUACAGGGAGCCCCCCAGGCCUCGACCAGCCGUCGCCCGCAGCCCAGAGCUAACUCCUCAGCCCCGGAAGGGCGGGGCCUCCGCCUUUCCCGCGUACGGGUCUCGCCGCCCGGCUCAGCCUCCUCGUAGGCCUUGCGCCAUUGCUGCUACUAUCGGCCGAACGGGGGCGCGGAGCUGGUCCCGGGGCGGGAUGCGGCCGCCCCUGGGGCGGUGGUGGCUGCUAAUCUGGCUGCAGCCCUUGUCCGCGCCGCCCGCUGGCGCGGUGCGCGGAGAGGAGGAGGCGGCUGCGGCGUUGGCAGGUAACCGCGGGCACUGGCGGCCGGCGCGCACGCGCGCUCCCGGACUCCUCGGUUCGUAGGCCUUGGCGGCUCGAGGGCGCUUCCUGCCCUCGGCGGCGGCGUUCCAAGGUGUAAAGCUCUGAAGGAAAUGGAUUUAAUUAAAACUUCUGAGUCAGACUGUUACUGCUACAAUCGAAAUUCCCGAAUGGAGUGGAAAUACAUGUGGUCAACUCUGCAGGUGAAAAUUACCAGUUCAGGCCUGCUCAAUAUUGCAUAUAUCACAGGAAGACAUAAUUGUCAGUAUCCAGAAACAAUUCUAUCUUUUAUCAAAUGUGUGAUUCAUAAUUUUUGGACACCAAAGGAGUCUAAUGAAGUUACCAUAAUCAUCAAUCCAUAUGGAGAGACCAUGUGCUUCUCUGUGAAGCCUGUCAGGAAGAUAUUUAUCUAUACAAUUAGUGUGAAUCGAAACAUUGUGGAUUUCAAACUCUUCCUUGUGUUUGUAGCAGGUAUUUUCCUCUUCUUUUAUGCAAAGACCUUGAGUAGAAGUCCUAUUUUCUUUUACUCUUCUGGGACCGUGCUAGGUGUUCUAAUGACGUUAGUCUUUGUCCUGCUUCUGGUCAAAAGGUUUAUUCCUAAGUAUAGCACCUUUUGGGCUCUAAUGGUUGGUUGUUGGUUUGCUUCAGUUUAUGUUGUAUGCCAUUUGAUGGAAGAUCUGAAGUGGCUAUGGCAUGAAAACAGAAUAUAUAUAUUAGGCUAUGUUUUGGUAGCUGGAUUUCUCAGCUUUGCUGUUUGUUAUAAGCAUGGGCCCCUGGUUGAUGAAAGGAGCGUGACUCUUUUGACGUGGACACUGCGGCUCCUCGCCCUGGUUCUGAUCUAUUGUGGAGUCACCGUGCCCCAGGGCUCCUAUGCAGCUCUGAUCCUCAUCCUGGCCUCCAGGAGUCUACGCUACCCACUGAAGGCGUUCACUUAUAUGAGGUGGAAAAUGAAGAAAUGGUGGACAUCCAAGAAGCCAGUGUUUAAGUAUCUGACUGAAGAUGAAUACCGGGAACAGGCUGAUGCUGAGACAAGCAGCGCCCUGGAGGAGCUGCGUGGAGCCUGCCGCAGGCCCGACUUCCCCACGUGGCUGGUAGUCUCCAGACUCCAGGCUCCUAACAAAUUUGCAGACUUUGUUCUUGGAGGAAGCCACUUGUCGCCUGAAGAAAUUAGUCUGCAUGAAGAGCAAUAUGGUUUUGGGGGCGCCUUCUUGGAAGAACAGCUUUUUAACCUGAGGACUGCCUGAUGACCAUUGACUUCAUUCUGGACAAGAAAUGGGCUAAGGGCAAGGAUCCUAUUAACAUUGGGCAGAACGGUUCUAGGGAACAGUGGCAAAAGCAUUUGCUAUGGAGAAGAGUCAUACUGGAAAGGAAAACUAAACAUUAUUGAAGAUAACUUCUCGUUCUUGGUGAGUUCUGCUACUUAUUGUAGUCAUCAAGAUUUUGUGAGAGUCAUUGCCACUUUCCUUGAAUGAAGACUUUCAUUAGGAGCAAGAGAAUCAUGUUGAUCUUCAAAGAGCAAGUUAACAUGAACAUCUGCCUUGCCAACACCAGGCAUUAAAUCUUAACCUCAGAACCUGUGUCUGAAGACUGCAUAUAAGUGUUGGAAGAGACCUGAGAUAUGCUGGACCAGUGUUUUCCAAAGUAUAAUCCACAGGGUGCUAAUAAGUGCUAGUCAGUAAAGGGAUUGUGAGGUCAACUAAGAUAGUAACAAAGUUAAACAAAUGUACCACAGGACUUCUCAGAGCCUUUAAUACUGACGAUGCACGUUGUCAAUCUCCUGGAUAGAAACUGUGUGCUGCCAUUUCUGACUUAAUUUGACCACAGAAUCCUUUUCCGUGAGAUUGAUAUUCCUUGGAGCAGUUUGGAAAAUGCUAAUGAUGGCAGAAUUGAGAUUUGGGGAGGUUCAAUAACUUGUCCAAAACUACAAAGCUAUUUAGAGGCAGCACUGGGACUAGACAUCAGCCCUAAUGUUACCUACAACUCAGGGUUAAGAAGAGACCUUCAGAGGUGAGCCUAGGGCCCAUCUCCCUACAGCCUUGGAUCUCACAGUAUUGGUGACUUUUUUAUUUUUUAAUAAUGGACAACUAUCUAUUUGAUAACUAUGAUAGAGAACAUUUCCUAAGAUUAUAUUUUAAAGUUUGAUAAGAUUUUUAUAGACAUAUAAAUUUUAGAAAGAAUUAUUUUCUAGAAUUUUUUGUAUAUUGCAAUUGAAGACACUUAACCUCUUGUGACAUUUUGAGUUGACUGGUCCAUUUUUAAAAUUUAGUUAUAUAUAUAUUUGUAACAGUUUCCUACACAACAGACUUGUGAUCUUUCUUCAGAGAACAAAUAUUUUUUUCUUGAUUCUCCGGAGUGAAAUGACCCUGAGCUUUGACCCUGGGGAAAGAAGGCCAAAACUAAGAGCUGAGAAAAGAUCUGAACAUGGCAAAACAAUCUAAGUAAGGUUAAGAUGUGCUAAAUUGAUUCACUUAAAGAAGGUUUUGCUGUGUUGAGUUCUUAAAGAGGCAUACAGAAUGAGGAAUCUCUUUUUACUAGGAGGGAUGUGGAUACGGAGGAAGGACAUUACAGAAAAUUUAGGAGCUGCUUUCCUGAGCCAAGAUCAGUAGAGUGUUUCUAAUUGUUAAAACGAGAGCAUGGCUACCCAUUUGGAACUUUCUAGGUUGAUUUUCAAAUAUUUUCUCUUUGAAGCAGUGUGUCAGUAUUUUACAAGUUCCUCUUUUUACAAGACACCUUUCAGUAUUAAGAGCUCUGCAGUCUUUGUGAAAUGCACUAAAUUCAAUCUGUGCUUUCACAUAGAUUGAUAUCAAAUAUCAAAGAAUCUUCCAUUCAAAUUUAUGAUGAUUAUGAUGAUGACUGUUUUAUAAGUGUAAACAAGUCUGACACUUUUGUUAUAGUUUUAUCUGAAUUUUUUAUAAUUAAAUUUAUUGCCGGUAUAUUA